CGGGAGCGGCGGGAGGCGGAGCGCGGCGCUGGGGCUCAGCGGCGGCGGAGACAGCCUCGGCGGGGGGGACCGUCUGCACCGGCCCCCUUCUUUCCCGCUCCCUUCCUCCGGCCGCCCUUUCUCAUCUGGCCUCGGGUUCCUUAAAACUGUGCUAUGAAUGGUGAUUCUGGUGUGGGGGUGGUGACUUCACCACCUCCAACAACAGCCCCUCAUAAAGAGAGGUAUUUUGAUCGAGUUGAUGAAAAUAAUCCAGAUUAUUUGAGAGAGAGAAAUAUGGCACCUGACCUUCGCCAGGAUUUUAACAUGAUGGAGCAGAAGAAGAGAGUCUCCAUGAUUCUUCAAAGCCCAGCUUUUUGUGAAGAACUGGAAUCUAUGAUCCAGGAACAAUUUAAGAAGGGGAAGAACCCAACAGGUUUAUUGGCUUUACAGCAGAUUGCAGAUUUCAUGACAACGAACGUACCAAACGUCUACCCUGCAGCACCCCAAGGCGGAAUGGCUGCCUUAAACAUGAGUCUUGGCAUGGUGACACCUGUGAAUGAUCUGAGAGGCUCAGAUUCCAUUGCUUAUGAAAAAGGGGAGAAGUUGUUACGAUGUAAAUUGGCGGCUUUCUACAGAUUAGCAGAUCUCUUUGGCUGGUCUCAGCUUAUUUACAAUCAUAUAACAGCCAGAGUAAAUUCUGAGCAGGAGCACUUCCUCAUUGUACCUUUUGGACUCCUCUAUAGUGAAGUUACUGCAUCUAGUCUGGUAAAAAUCAAUAUUCAGGGAGAUGUAGUUGAUCGUGGAAGCACUAACUUGGGAGUAAACCAAGCUGGUUUUACUUUGCACUCUGCAAUUUACGCAGCUCGACCUGAUGUUAAAUGCAUCGUUCAUAUCCAUACGCCAGCAGGGGCAGCGGUUUCUGCAAUGAAGUGUGGUCUCUUGCCAAUCUCACCUGAAGCACUUUCUCUAGGGGAAGUAGCUUAUCAUGACUACCAUGGCAUUUUAGUGGAUGAUGAAGAAAAGGUGGUUAUUCAGAAAAAUUUGGGGCCUAAAAGCAAGGUCCUUAUUCUCAGAAACCACGGCUUAGUCUCAGUUGGAGAGACUGUUGAGGAGGCUUUCUACUAUAUUCAUAAUCUAGUGCUUGCCUGUGAGAUUCAAGUACGCACCCUGGCCAGUGCAGGUGGACCUGACAAUUUAGUGCUUUUAGAUCCUGGAAAGUAUAAAGCCAAGUCUCGUUCCCCUGAGUCUCCAGCAGGUGAGGGUACUGUAUCCCAUCCAAAAUGGCAGAUUGGCGAACAGGAAUUUGAAGCUCUUAUGCGAAUGCUUGAUAAUCUGGGUUACAGAACCGGCUAUCCCUAUCGAUGCCCUGCUCUGAGAGAGAAAUCUAAAAAGUACAGCGAUGUUGAGAUUCCAGCUAGUGUCACAGGGUACUCCUUCACUAGCGAUGGCGAAUCAGGCACUUGCUCCCCCCUCAGACACAGUUUUCAGAAACAGCAGCGAGAGAAGACAAGGUGGCUGAACUCUGGCCGAGGGGAUGAUGCUUCUGAAGAAGGGCAGAAUGGCAGCAGUCCCAAGUCGAAGACUAAGGUGUGGACGAACAUUACACACGAUCACGUGAAACCCUUGCUGCAGUCUCUCUCGUCCGGUGUCUGCGUGCCAAGCUGUAUUACCAACUGCUUGUGGACUAAAGAGGAUGGACAUAGAACUGCCACCUCUGCUGUCCCUAACCUGUUUGUUCCAUUGAACACCAAUCCAAAGGAGGUCCAAGAAAUGAGGAACAAGAUCCGAGAGCAAAACUUGCAAGAUAUUAAAACUGCAGGCCCUCAAUCACAGGUUCUUUCUGGGGUAGUUGUGGACAGAAGUCUUGUACAGAGAGUAACUGUCUAUAAGGAUGCUCCCCUCUCAGACUGUACGGAAUCUAUUGAAGGGCUCGAUCUCACAGAGCAGGCCUUUAGUCCCGCUAAAUCUCUGUCUGUUAGAAAGGGAGAACUGGUGACUGCGUCAAAGGCAAUAAUUGAGAAAGAAUAUCAACCAAAAGUCAUAGUGAGCACAACAGGACCAAAUCCCUUCAACAAACUCACUGAUCGAGAACUGGAAGAAUAUCGCAAAGAAGUAGAAAGAAAGCAGAAGGGACCAGAAGAUAAGAUAUCAAAAUCUGGAGAGACUGUGUUACUGAGACAGACACCAGCUGGGGAACAGAGUACGUUGCUUAGAAAUCAGUCCAUCAGUGAGCAAAAUACAUCAGAGAAAAAAUCUCUGGAUUGGAAAGGCAGAUCCAAAACCUUUCAAGGAACAGAUACGAAGACUUUGCAGGAUCGUGACGUAUCAUCACUGUCUAAAUCUUUAGAUAACACUCAGUUUGCUGCUGCGUGGGUUUCUUGUCAGACCACGCAGCCACUCAUCACAGCCCUUAAUGGAGAAGAGCCAGAUGGGCAGAAGUCCUCCCAUAAGGAAUUUCAUACUGCAGUGAUCAAAGCACUGAGGUCCGAUCCUGACCUUUUGGCUGAGGCCUCAGAGCCUUCAGAAGAUGGCAGAGAACAGAAAGAGAGAACUCUCCCUGAUCACCCUUCAGCUCGCACUCCUCCCAGUACGCCCAUUAAAAUAGAGGAAGAGACACAGCAGGACCAGACCUACAAAGAUGACAGUGACGCUGCAACUUUCAAGCAAACCCUCCCAGAUCUCACCCCCGAUGAGCCUUCAGAAGCACUCGGCUUCCCUCCCUCAGGGAAGGAGGAAGGGAGAUGUGAUGAAGAUGUGCCCAAAAGCCAAACGGAAUCGCCUGCAGUGGAAAAUAAGUCUCAGCCCGCUGAAGAGCCAGUGACACCAACGGCUGAGGAGGGGACAGCAGCUGAUGCAGGUAGUGAUGAAUCCCCAGGGAAGUCCCCGUCAAAAAAGAAAAAGAAGUUUCGCACUCCUUCCUUCCUGAAGAAGAGCAAAAAGAAGAGUGACUCCUAAAGGCCAAACACACUGCAGAAACACUGUCAUAUUUGAAAAUUCAUUAACCACUAGAAUGUACCAGAUCGUACUGAGUGUUUUGUCUUAUUACGUAAAUGAAUGCAGCAAGUAAUCCAACCAGCCCCUCAAGUUACGGCUUGAUUAAGGUUAUAACCAGAAACUAAUGUCCAAAAAGGUGCUAAUCCUGUGUUUUCAGCAGCUACCACACAUCUGAUCCCUAAUUUGUAAUCAAAUGUAAACGACUUCCAUGUGGGAAGGCACUGAAUCGCUAUUUCUAAUUUAAAGCCCGCACUGCUUUACAAAAGAAUGGAAAAAAAAAAAAAUCAUAAUUAAAAACAAACCACAGGUUGCUUACCA